AUGGCGCUCGCACAAGAGACGAAGCGCAUCACCGCGCAGUUUGAAUAUACAGAUGAAGAUGUAAACAAAGGUGUGAAGGAGUUCCUUCGGCAAAUGGAUGAGGGAUUAGAACGAGAGGGCACGAGUUUGAGCCAAAUACCUACCUACGUCACUAGUGUCCCCAAUGGCACUGAAAAGGGGUUAUACCUAGCAGUCGACUUAGGGGGCACGAAUUUCCGAGUCUGCUCUGUUCAUUUGAACGGUGAUACUACUUUCAACCUCACAUACAGCAAAGUAGCAAUUCCGAAGGAAUUAAUGGUCGCAAAGAAAGCCAGUCAUCUAUUCGCGUUUUUGGCCAAGCAGAUCGAGCUAUUUCUCAGAAAACACCACGAAGAUCAUUUCGAAGCUCACAUCCGACGCCGGCAGACUGUGAGCACUCCUGAAGGGUAUAGGGACGAGCAAAUAUUCCGACUCGGCUUUACUUUCAGCUUUCCCGUCCAACAGUAUGGAAUUAACAAGGGAACUCUUAUGAGGUGGACCAAGGGCUUCGAUAUCCCGGAUGCUGUUGGCAAAGACGUAUGCGCUUUGCUACAGCAGGAGAUUGAUCUGCUCCGCCUCCCAGUCAAAGUGGCCGCCUUGGUGAACGACACUGUCGGUACGCUUAUGGCUCGCUCUUAUACUUCCCCGGGCAAGACAUCUACUCUUCUUGGUGCUAUUUUCGGGACGGGUACCAAUGGCGCCUACGUGGAAAAAGUUUCCAACAUCAAAAAGCCCGUCAAAGGCGGCUACGAUAAGACAACAGACCUGAUGGUUAUAAAUACUGAGUGGGGAUCUUUCGACAACCAGAUGAACGUACUGCCAAAUACUUCAUACGACAUAGAAUUAGAUCAGAAGAGCGUGAACCCCGGCAUACAGAUGUUCGAGAAGCGGGUAUCCGGCAUGUUCUUAGGCGAGAUUGUCCGCCUGGUAAUUGUUGAUAUGCUCAAGAACCCCAACAUAUCGCUGUUCCGUGAUGAGAAUUCCAGUCAAAAUGAUUGGAAAUCCACAACCACCAUUGCUCCCGAGUCUGCACUGUUCAAGCAAUGGGGUCUCGACAGCUCGUUAAUGUCUAUAGCCGCGGCUGAUAACACACCCGAUUAUUCGUCUAUUCGGCAGGAACUGGAAAAGCAACUGCAAAUAUACGCCGCCUCGCUUGAAGACGCUACAGCAUUCAAGGAGGUAGCAUAUGCUGUUGGACGUCGGGCGGCAAGGCUCUCUGCCGUCGCCCUUGGUGCUGUCGUCCUGAAAAGCGGCAAACUGAACGAGUCAACGGAUGAGCCAAUCGACAUCGGUGUCGACGGCAGUCUUGUUGAGCAUUACCCUUUCUUCCGGAGUAUGAUUUACGAAGCGCUCGCGGCGAUCGAGGGUAUCGGUCCGGAAGGAGCAAAACGGAUCCGCAUCGGAAUCGCUAAGGAUGGUAGCGGUGUCGGAGCAGCGUUGAUCGCACUUGUGGCCGCGAAUAUGGAGAAGAAGGGUGUUGUCGAUUACCUGAACUACAUUAAGACCAGUGUUGUUGAGAAGUUCACAAGCGCCAUCUCUCAGGAGCCGACAACGGUAGUAUGA